AUGCCAGCAACUCUGGAAAAGCCAGAAAUCCGAAGUGAAGCUGAUUUAACAUUGAAGCACCAGUUCGCAACACAACGAGAUAAGGUGGUCGUAAAAUCACGCGCUUUAGUAGCUACGCCUAAAGUUAACGGCAGUUGCCAUGGUGAGAACGCCGCUCAAGCGGGCAUUCAGGAGUGGUGCCUGGCUUCAGCGAUGUCGUACAGGGAGCGGCGAAAUCUUUGUGAGAUGACGAAGGCGAUCGGCUACCCGCGCAUACUCUCACUCGAGAACUUCCGGACGCCAAACUUCCGCCUCGUCGCUGAACUACUGGAAUGGAUCGUAAAAGCG